ACAUUAACAGCAAUCCCCAGCGCUGCAGGCAUCCGCGUGCUUCCCUCCCGACCGUAGGACUUCAGGCCCGAGGCGCUGCACGAGGGCGCCCUCGCGGGGACGAAAGGGGCCGAUUUCCGCAGCUCGAAGCCAGGAAGGUGCCUGGCGAAUAAGCCUCGUUUCGACUCUUCUAAUUUUCGGAAUCGGGAUCUUCGGCUCUGUUCCCGCCCUCGCCCUUCUCAGCCGCCAGCAGUCCCGCCCCGGGAGAAGGCGGAGAAGGAGACCAAGGUCAGGCGAGCCUUCCGCGGGCCUCAACUCUCCCGCGCUGGCUUCUAGGGCGCCGGGAGGAGCGGGCCCGAGCGCCAUGAGCGAGCCUCGCGGCUGCUGCCCUGGUUCGUACGAGUCGGCUAGGCCGGAAAGCAGCGAGGAGUUGCCCACAGAUGGACUUGAAAAUGACUUAAAAUCAAACGAGGAACCUCUCUUAAGGAAGAAUCCCCAUCGAUUUGUCAUCUUUCCAAUCCAAUACCCUGAUAUAUGGAAAAUGUAUAAGAAGGCUCAGGCUUCUUUCUGGACGGUAGAAGAGGUUGACUUGUCAAAGGAUCUUACUCAUUGGAACAACCUAAAACCAGAAGAGAAAUACUUUAUUUCACACAUCCUUGCUUUCUUUGCUGCCAGUGAUGGAAUUGUCAAUGAAAACUUGGUAGAACGUUUUAGCCAAGAAGUGCAGAUCGCAGAAGCUCGCUGUUUCUAUGGCUUUCAGAUAUCAAUUGAAAAUGUUCAUUCUGAGAUGUACAGUUUGUUAAUAGACACUUACAUCAAAGACCCUGAGAAAAGGGACUUUUUAUUUAAUGCUAUUGAAACAAUGCCAUGUGUCAGGAAGAAAGCAGAUUGGGCGAUGAGGUGGAUAACAGACAGAGAAGCCACUUUUGGUGAAAGAGUGGUUGCGUUUGCUGCUGUCGAAGGCAUCUUCUUUUCUGGUGCUUUUGCAGCCAUAUUUUGGCUCAAGAAGAGAGGGUUAAUGCCAGGCCUUACUUUCUCCAACGAACUUAUUAGCAGAGAUGAAGGGCUCCACUGUGAUUUUGCUUGCCUGCUUUUUCAGCAUUUACUGAAUAAACCUUUGGAGGGAAGGGUGAAAGAGAUCAUUGUCAAUGCGGUUGAAAUUGAAAAGGAGUUUUUGACAGAGGCCUUACCUGUGGGAUUGAUUGGCAUGAAUUGUGCUCUGAUGAAACAGUAUAUUGAAUUUGUGGCUGAUAGGCUGCUGCUGGAACUGGGUUUUCCUAAGGUCUUUCAAGCAGAAAACCCUUUUGACUUCAUGGAGAACAUUUCCCUGGAAGGAAAAACCAAUUUCUUUGAGAGGAGGGUUUCAGAAUAUCAACAUUUUGCAGUUAUGUCCCAAGCAAAUAAUAAGGUAUUUACUUUAGAUGCUGAUUUUUGAUGCUGCCUACUUGGAAGAUCGACAAAGCCAAACUACGCAUUUAUCCUCCAUGACGACAAGAAACUUCUUACAGUCCAAAUAGGGGAUUCUUGGAAUAUUUUAUUGACUAUUAAUAGUUGACAGAAAAGUUUCUACAAAUAAGUUGCAAGCUGUGUGCAUAUAUACACUCCUAACCACAAUUCAUUCUGUAACAUCAAGCAGCUUUUCUAAAACUAUAUUGUGAUAUUUAAGUCAAAGUUCAGCUGCUGAUCCUUUUGAUAACAUCCAGUCCCAUCAUUAAGAGGGGAAAGCUUUUAUGAUGAUGAGAAUGAUCACACUAUAAAAUAUUCCUUCCUACCUCAGUUCUUGAACUGAACUGAGAUGAAAGAGAUAGUUCUUUGUGUUAAAGGAAUGUUCCAGCAUAAACUCUUGGAUAGGAAACCACCAGAGAAGCUUAAGGCUGCAAACUUGAUUCGAAAAACAUUCUAGGCAAUGGAAAACCACUUCUGUGUUGUUUCAAGGACCGCAACAUGGACCUGGCCAUGUAAUGAAAAUGACCCGGUGGAGUCUUUGUUUUUAUGCACUUGGGGAAAAGAAAGAAGACGACAGGAGCACUUUAUAAUCUUUUAUCAUUCAUUUUGGUUAGUCAGAUUAGCACAAUGUCUGAAGAAUUGGGUUUGGGAAGGAUUUUUCAUUUGGCCUCAAAACUUCAUUUUGGCUGUAAACUUGAUUGCAGCAACCCACAUAACAUAGAAUUUGAUUACCUUACAUAAAUGUUUUUUUUUUAAAUUUGAAUUUAUAUUUGGCUUAUUUGGCUUAUUGGCUUAUUCAGCAUGAUGAACCAAGAUAGCUUGUCCUUGUUAUGCAAACGUAGCUGUUUUCUCAACAAAUCAGUGCUUAAAGUAAUAUGUGAACAGUAACUGUGUUUAUGUGACAUACUGAUCCAAAAAAAAUUCACCGCAUUUUAAGUUAGUGUAUUGCCUGAACCCCAACUUUAUUAUUAACUUUUGUUAUGCAAACUUAGAAAAUUGGGGUAAUUUAACAAUUUAUGCAUAAUGAUAUCAUAUGAACUUAGCUUUGCUGUACUUUGUGGGAUACGAUUUAAACUACCUUAUUUAGAAUGUGAACAAUGAAGAACAGAUAAGUUGGCUAUAAAAGUGUAUUUUAAAAAGAGAAAAACAAUAUAGAGGUAAUUGACAAAACCAAAGCACUACAUUCACAGCUAACAUUUAUGUUGGAAAACCAGUUUUGUCAAGCUUUGUCUAUGAGUAUCCAGUAAAGAGGGCUGAGUAAGGCAGAGGCAGAGAUAAUUUAACAAUGUUCAUGAUAUUGUUUUUUCUUCUGGAAGUUUGCACUAGUAACUUCCACAUAUCUUGGACUUCAGCCCCCAUAAUCUUUGGGCUAUGAAAUAGUUUUAUUCGCAACUGGUCCAGUCCAAAUAGAAGCACAAUUUAAGGGUGAAAUAUAUCACAGGGAUGAAAUAAACCACCCCCUAAUAUUGUCAGGAAUUGACAAGGGUUUGACACAUUGUGCUAAGCCAUUUUAAGGUUUGUGAUGUGUAAUCAGAUUGUGGAUUACAGAUUAAAAGUCUAGUGUCUUAUUUGAGCCCACCAUAGCUUUGAAGCUGAAGUACUUGCAAAAAUUGCUUUUUCAUGAACUGUAAUAUGAAAAUAAAAAAUAAAAAUAGAAAGUCUGGUUGAUGAACUCAGCAAGUUUUACAUUAGAGUAAAUAUGUCUCUAAUUGUAUUAUCAGUGUAAAUCCUGAAAGAUUUGAAGUUUAUAAAGCAUUCUCUGGUUUGGUGCGUGCAAAUUUGUUUGGUCUUGGAUUCAGCCUUAGUUAAGGAAACAGACCUUCUGAUCCACUUCAGGGAAGUAAAUGAGAUACUUUGUUGGAUGUAUUUUGAAGCUUUUUCAAAUAUUCCUGUUUCAUGUAUAAGACUCUGAUUUAGUCAUGUUAUUAAUGACAUAAAACUUGCAUUAAGUUUUGUAAAAUCGUUUUAAUUGAGUUUAUUUUUUCCCCACCAGUAAAAUGUCAUAAAUGAAUGACAUACAUGACAUUAGAAUGGACAAUGUAAAGAAUGCUUCUUAGUUUGUCACUCAUUCGUCUUGGAAAAAAAUGCAAAAUGAUUUAAAUAAAAAUUGUGAGAACAAA